AAGCAUAGCCAGCUAGCUACGGCCUACACAUACGGAGGCACAAAGAAAUCAUUUACACACCAAACCCAGAAUGGAGACGCCCAAGCUGGCCAUUUUGCUCGCCCUAGCCAUGGCAGCCGCCAUGGUUAAUCUUUCCCAAGCGCAAAACUCGCCUCAGGACUACCUUUCACCCCACAACGCCGCCCGCGCUGCCGUCGGCGUGGGCGCAGUGAGCUGGAGCACGAAGCUGCAGGCGUACGCCCAGAGCUACGCCAACCAGAGGAUCGGCGACUGCAAGCUCCAGCACUCCGGCGGGCCCUACGGGGAGAACAUCUUCUGGGGGUCGGCCGGCGCGGACUGGAAGGCGGCGGACGCGGUGAAGCUGUGGGUGGACGAGAAGAAGGACUACGACUACGGGUCCAACACCUGUGCAGGGGGGAAGGUGUGCGGGCACUACACGCAGGUGGUGUGGCGCGCGUCGACCAGCAUCGGCUGCGCUCGCGUCGUCUGCAACAACAACGGCGGCGUCUUCAUCACCUGCAACUACGAGCCCGCCGGGAAUGUUGUUGGACAGAAACCAUACUAAACUGUGAUUGCUUUUCGCAGUACAUAUACAUAGUCCAGUAGUCCCUCGUUCCUCACGUGCAUGGGAUUCAUGCACGCUCGUAUCUAUAAUUAGCUAGAGGGGCUGGGCGAGUAAAUAAAAGGAAUGCUGUAAUAAGCUAUGUAUUCUCCUCUCCAUCAUGGACAGUAAUAAAUAAUGAGCUUUUUUACUGUA